UAUUUGGCAAGUCUUUAUUUAGUCUUAUUCGAAAACAACUGCAAUUUCAAAAGCCAUGUGGCAACACUUGCCUUUGAAACUCAAACUGGCAGCACUGCCUGCUUAAUGCGUGCAUUUGAAAUUUAGACUGGCAGCACUGUCAUCAACGCCGCAGCAUGACUACAGAGAAAAGGCUAUGGGCAGCACUGCGUUAUAAGCUGCUAACACACAUAAGCUGGGCAGCACUUGACCUCAGCCAGCUAAAAAGCUUCUGGCAGCAUUGCUGCAUUCAAGCUGGCAACGCCGGUUGUGCUGCGUUUUGCAACACUGCAAAUGAGAGGCAAGCUCUGCGCACGCGUUUUGCACUUUCAGCAUUGUUCAAAAUGGAUUUUAAUUUGCAGCACAAAUAUCGCAAAAGUCAAAUAAAUGGCACAAUUUAUGUGACAACAUGCCAGACCCUGACCGCAGAGCGGCUCGCCGAUCUGGAAUCGGGCGCCGGCGAGCUGUUUCUCACGCGCAUUCACAAGCGCAGCACGCCGGAUCACAUCAUGCAGGUGGCCAUCGAACUGGGCGACGUUUAUAUGCUCCGCUUCAAGAUCGACUUCUCCGGCUGCAGCCGUGGCUAUGCCUACUUGCAGUACAUUGAUGCCCAGCACAAGGCGCUUGCCCUGGAAAUCCUGCAGCAUCGCUUCCGCGUGGCCCGUCUCAAGGUGCAGGUGCGCGAAUCUCGCAAUCGAAAGACUCUGGUGCUGAACAAUGUCAACCACCUGACGCCGCUGCAGGUGCACCAGGAGCUGCGCCUGGUCGGCCACUAUAUCAAGCUCUCCGUCUACGAGUAUCAGCCGCAGCGCUACAUCUAUCUCAUUCUGUAUCGCAACAACGACGAGGCCGCCCUGGCCCAUCACAUGCUGCGCACCCGAAUGUCCAAUUUUGGCGCAAAUGCGUUUAUCGAUUGGCUGGACAAGGGUCAGCCGCUGGACAAGGAUCAGCCCGUUGACCCAUUGCCCAUCGAUUGCUGUGUCCAGCUGCCGCGCAACGGCCACGCCUUGGACCUGGAGCAGCUGCAAAAUGUGGCCGAAUGCGGUUGCUUUAGGAUUUGAGUGCAAUAUAUGCUGGCAGAUCCGCGUGGGUGUGCUCUAAUUGAAAAAACAACAACUGCAAUUAUACUUUUUUUUUCCUUUGUGAUUAUAAAUAUUCGGUGUGGCCCGCCUCCAUUCAUUUCGUGCUCUUCAU